AUGGCAAUGGGUUACAUCUGGAUUUCUGACUUCCUGGUCUCUUUACAGGUGUGGCAGAUUCCGGAGAAUGGCCUAGUCACUUCCAUGUCUGAGCCAGUGGUGAUAUUGGAGGGCCACUCAAAGCGUGUGGGCAUCAUCACAUGGCAUCCAACAGCACGAAACAUCCUCCUUAGUGCAGGUUGUGAUAACCAGAUAAUCAUCUGGAAUGUGGGCACCGGUGAGGCCAUGAUCAACCUGGAGGACAUGCAUCCUGAUGUCAUUUACAAUGUGUGCUGGAACCGCAAUGGAAGCCUUAUCUGCACUUCCUGCAAGGACAAGUCCAUCCGGGUUAUUGACCCCCGCAAGCAGGAGAUUGUUGGAGAGAAAGAGAAAGCCCACGAGGGCGCUCGCCCCAUGAGGGCCAUUUUCCUUAGUGAUGGAAACAUCCUCACUACUGGCUUCAGUCGCAUGAGUGAGAGGCAGCUGGCUCUCUGGAAUACGCAAAACUUGGAGGAGCCAAUGACUGUCAAUGAGAUGGACACCAGUAAUGGAGUGCUUCUGCCCUUCUAUGACCCAGACACCAAUGUCGUUUACCUCUGUGGAAAGGGAGACAGCAGCAUCCGUUACUUUGAAAUCACAGACGAGGCUCCCUAUGUUCACUUUCUGAACACCUUUGCCAGCAAGGAGCCCCAGAGGGGUAUGGGCUACAUGCCAAAGAGGGGCCUCGAUGUCAAUAAGUGUGAAAUUGCAAGGUUCUAUAAACUGCAUGAAAGAAAGUGUGAGCCUAUUGUGAUGACUGUGCCUAGAAAGUCGGACCUGUUCCAGGACGACUUGUACCCAGACACAGCUGGUCCAGAUCCUGCUUUGGAGGCUGAGGAGUGGUUUGAUGGUAAGAAUGGAGACCCCAUUCUCAUCUCUCUGAAGAAUGGCUACGUCCCGGGCAAGAACCGUGAAUUCAAAGUGGUCAAAAAGAACAUGUUGGACAACAAGGUCACCAAGAACUCAGAGAAGUCGAGCUCUUCCAACAAGUCCUCCCACCCAGCUCCAUCAAUUAAAUCUGAAGCCAAGCUGGAGGAGAUCUUGAAAGAAAUCAAGUCCCUCAAGGACAUGAUCAGCAGUCAAGAAAAGCGAAUCGUCCAACUUGAAGAGCAGAUGUCCAAACUUGCCAUUUAAGGACCCUUUUGCCCAACCCGCUACAAUUCAGGACGCUCCACUGGCUGGGGGUGGGGGUGGGCGGGAACACUCACUGCCUAUCUCAAUGACAGUGUUUCGUCUGCCUAGCAAAGAUCCCUAGCAACAUUCCAGAUGAACUUUUUCUUAGCCAGCUCCCAACCCUCAGUUUAAAACAGGUGGAAUAAGAAGAACAUGUGGCAGAUUUAGUAGAAAAUACUUUCUUUUUGGUGGCAAAGGACUUUUCCUUUUAUUCUGUGGCAGUCUUUUUUUUUUUUUUUUUAAUUGUGUCUACUUGUAUAAAAAGAUCUUACAUAAUUCUUUGCAUUUUAGAAUAAUGAUCAAGAAAACCAUGUCAACAGCCCCCCACCCCCAAUUUAUCAUUGUAUAGCAUCAUGUUUUAUAUGUUGGCCUCAGUGUUUGGUGUUUGCCCUUCUCCAAAAUUAAGACAUUGCCAAAUCUGGACUUUUGUUUACACUUCCUUAACAGUAUUUUUUUAAAGUACAGAAACAAAAUCAGUGAUGCACUAUGAAAUUAAAAUAAUUUAAUUGGAUGGUUCUGAAAGGGAGACUGACAGAUUAAAUUUGUAGUUAAAAGAAAAUACAUUGCAGGUUGCCACAGCGGACACCAAACACUCAGACACAACCUUAAGUGACUAAUUCUUGCUGUCUCUGUUGAAGCUGCAGAAAUCCACACUUCGCCUCUGCUGUUUCCUUUCAUUCCUGUCGCUUUUCCAUCAUUCCGACUGUGGACGUAAUAGUCCAAGUAAACAUGCAUUCCUUUCUACCUUGCUUUACCAACAUGCACUCUGCACUUAUUCAAGAAAGUGACACAUUCCACAAUUCCUAUUGGCUGUUCUUGGUAUGAGGGGGGGAAAACACACUCACUGCGGUGACUCGGUCGCACUGCUUAGUUGUUGGGAUUCUUUAUGUGGUGCCCAUGGAAAGACGAGCUUUUGCAUUUUCAUUCUUUCUGCGAGGAAAAACUCCAACCCGAUUGUUUGGUUAUCCAUGUGUUUGCUCAGCACAUCACUGUAGUCAAGUGCAGUGGGCUCAUUUUUUUUGUCACUGCUCUUUUGUUUGCUUUGCCAUCUGAUGUCUGCGUUUUCUGUACAAGCACAAAAGAAAGUUUUCUAAAAUGACAUCAAAUAAUCCCGCAGCUACUUGACUGCUUUUAAACAUGUGAUGUUAAAGCUGGCUAGACCUCAAAGGCCUAAUCUGGGUCCUCAUGUCUCUGGCCUUUUAGGUACCAGCCACUGUAGACUUUCCACUACAGAGUUUUCCUUUUAAUUUAGAAGAAGUAAGUAGUUGGGUUAUUGCUUCAAUGUUCAAUUAAAUCCUGUUUCUUGUUCCAGCUGUUUCUACAUCCCUCUUAGCACUUCCACAUCUUGGCUAUUUCUCAGAUGCUCCAAUUUAGUGCAGUCAAAUUUGAAAAUGGAUCAUAUUUUUCAACCUGAGUUGUUGUUGUUGUUGUUUUUUUUUUUGUUUUUUUUUAAAGAUUGUUUCCCUGUGGGAAGCUGAGACGGGUAAUGGUUCAAUCUGUUGUUUGCCUUUAAUAAAUGUUACCACUGUAAAGACCUGAAAGUGCCAUAGAGGUGACCCUGGAAGUGUUUUAUUAUUUUUGGUUUCUUUGUAGGUCGACUGUUCUGUGAGUAGUUUUGUGGAAUAAAUGGAGGCGAGGUGCCUGGAGUUUAAACCCACUUUGAGGUGCUAUACUCAGUACAAAAUUCAAAGGACUCAGUUUCUUACGUACUGUGUGACAUCAUGAAGUCCUGCCAGUCCGUAAUAAAGUUCACCAGGCAGCAUUACUUUGUCAGGGUUUGUCAAACACAUUGUGCCCCUGACGCUGUGACACUUUCCUCUGGGGUACAAGCUUAAAAUGUAAAAUGAUGUAAAACCAGGAAUCUGUUAGCUGAGUCGUCAAUAAUCUGAGAAUAUUAGUGACAGGAAAUGUAGAGUGUGAUGCAUGUUUGGCUGACACUGGUCAUACUGCCAUAUCUUUUAUAUGAGACUGCCACUCUCUGGGUUAGCACUGUUGGCACAAGAGCGGAGUUUUGAGGAGUAGUAGCUUAUAGAGAUCCAAAGGGACACUGUAGGUAGAAAAAUAAAAAAUGUGUUGAAAGAUAGAUGUAUGUUUGUAAUUGAGGUCUAGAAAAUGAGUGAGAACUGUGUAAAUAACGUGACCAUAUCUAUUUUUUUCCUCCCCAUUUCUUUUGUUUUGUGGAUGUGCUGAAGAGGGUAUUUGUGUGGGAGGUGGAUUUUUAAACAUUCCCCCUGUUUGUUCCUUGCACCUUGCCAUCAUGAGAAAAGCAGAACCUCCGUUACGUCGGAGGUUAUCAAGAAAGAAAAUCUGAUGAAAAAUGAACCAGGAUGAAAGCCUCGUGUGGAGGUCUGCUCAGCAUUUUUGUUCAUUAUUCUUGCUUCAAAUAUCAAACCAUUGAUUAUAAGAAAAAUUAAUAAAGAAUUUUUAAAAUGA